AUGUAUUCAUCUGGAUCCGGCCACGGCCAGAACUACUCUGGGUCUUAUGGGCAGGGAUAUAACCAAAGCUACCAGCAGCCCUACCAACAGCAGGGAUAUGGCGGUUAUGAUGAGUACGAGGGCUAUGAGGACUACGGCACAUAUCAGCAAGGAGAGUCGUCAAAAUCCAACUACAUCCGGCCAGAAUCAUCCGAGGACUGGGAGCCAUAUCGCCAAGUCAUCAGCCAGCUAUACAAGACGCACAAGCUCAAGGAUGUGAUGGAGCAGAUGGAGACUCAGUAUGGCUUCAAAGCUACACCACGCCAGUACAAGGGCAAGAUCAAGCAGUGGGGCCUCGAUACCAAGUACACCAAGACGGAGGAGUACAUGGAGAUGCUCAAGACCAAGAAGAAGAUGGAGAAAGACGAUCCGAAGGCCUCAACAAAGUUCACCGUCCGCGGCAAGGCCGUGAGCGACGCCUCAAUUUCCAGAUUCGAGCGCCGUGCCAAGAAGCGCGGGAUCCUGCCCAACGAGGAGGGCCAGGAGUACGACGAGUAUGAGGAUUACUCAAACGACGCUGCAGGCUCGAGCUCCGGUGCGCAGUGGUCACAGUCUUGA